CCCCCGCCGCCGUUCCACUUCCGCUGACGUCGAGGUCGGAGGUUACAGAUAAGAUGUCGGCCGAUGGUCGCUUUGAGCACUUGCGGAGAGGAGCAUCUCUGUGACAGAAGCUUGUCGACGGCGGCUUCUAGGAGCUAGUCGAAGGAGCGAGGUUGAGGCGGGCAGCGACCCGUCAGGUCGCUCCCCUGGGGACCGGCCAGCUGCGAGACGUGACUUGGGGACCGCAGGGGAGCGGGGAGUGUGAGGUGCCAAAGACCAGUAAUGCCCCGUAUGCCCCCGGGAAGCCGGGAAGCCAAGCUCCGCGGGACCGCUUCAUGCCGCUGACUGGUGUAGAGCCCGCCAGAAUGAACAGGAAGAAAGGAGACAAGGGCUUUGAAAGCCCAAGACCAUAUAAAUUAACCCAUCAGGUCGUCUGCAUCAACAACAUAAAUUUCCAGAGAAAAUCUGUUGUGGGAUUUGUGGAACUGACUAUAUUUCCCACAGUUGCAAACUUGAAUAGAAUCAAGUUGAACAGCAAACAGUGUAGAAUAUACCGAGUAAGAAUCAAUGAUUUAGAGGCUGCUUUUAUUUAUAAUGACCCAACCUUGGAAGUUUGUCACAGUGAAUCAAAACAGAGAAACCUCAAUUAUUUUUCCAAUGCUUAUGCAGCUGCGGUUAGUGCUGUGGACCCUGAUGCAGGAAAUGGAGAACUUUGCAUUAAGGUUCCAUCAGAGCUAUGGAAACACGUUGAUGAGUUAAAGGUCCUGAAGAUACACAUCAAUUUUUCUUUGGAUCAGCCCAAAGGAGGUCUUCAUUUUGUGGUACCCAAUGUAGAGGGAAGUAUGGCAGAGAGAGGUGCUCAUGUUUUCUCUUGUGGGUAUCAAAAUUCUACAAGAUUUUGGUUCCCUUGUGUUGAUUCAUACUCUGAAUUGUGUACAUGGAAAUUAGAAUUUACAGUAGAUGCUGCAAUGGUUGCUGUUUCUAAUGGCGAUUUGGUGGAGACAGUGUAUACUCAUGAUAUGAGGAAGAAAACUUUCCAUUAUAUGCUUACCAUUCCUACAGCAGCGUCAAAUAUCUCCUUGGCCAUUGGACCAUUUGAAAUACUUGUAGAUCCAUACAUGCAUGAGGUUACUCAUUUUUGUUUGCCCCAACUUCUUCCAUUGCUGAAACAUACCACAUCAUACCUUCAUGAAGUCUUUGAAUUUUAUGAAGAAAUUCUUACGUGUCGAUACCCAUACUCCUGUUUUAAGACUGUCUUCGUUGAUGAGGCUUAUGUUGAAGUGGCUGCUUAUGCUUCCAUGAGCAUUUUUAGCACAAAUCUUUUACACAGUGCCAUGAUUAUAGAUGAGACACCUUUGACUAGAAGGUGUUUAGCCCAGUCCUUGGCCCAGCAGUUUUUUGGAUGUUUCAUAUCUAGAAUGUCUUGGUCUGAUGAAUGGGUGCUGAAGGGAAUUUCAGGCUAUAUCUAUGGACUUUGGAUGAAAAAAACUUUUGGUGUUAAUGAGUACCGCCACUGGAUUAAAGAGGAGCUAGACAAAAUAGUGGCAUAUGAACUAAAAACUGGUGGAGUUUUACUACAUCCCAUAUUUGGUGGAGGAAAAGAGAAGGAUAAUCCAGCUUCCCAUCUACACUUUUCAAUAAAGCAUCCACAUACACUGUCCUGGGAAUACUACACUAUGUUUCAGUGUAAAGCCCACCUUGUGAUGAGAUUGAUUGAAAAUAGGAUCAGUAUGGAAUUUAUGCUACAAGUUUUCAAUAAACUGCUAAGUCUGGCUAGUACUGCUUCAUCUCAGAAGUUCCAGUCACAUAUGUGGAGUCAGAUGUUGGUUUCCACAUCUGGGUUUUUGAAAUCCAUUUCAAAUGUCUCUGGCAAAGAUAUUCAGCCGUUAAUAAAGCAGUGGGUAGAUCAGAGUGGAGUGGUAAAAUUUUAUGGGAGUUUUGCAUUUAAUAGAAAACGAAAUGUUUUGGAAUUGGAAAUAAAACAGGACUAUACAUCUCCUGGAACUCAGAAAUAUGUGGGACCACUUAAAGUGACAGUGCAGGAGUUAGAUGGAUCCUUCAAUCAUACACUGCAAAUUGAAGAAAACAGCCUUAAACAUGAUAUACCCUGCCAUUCCAAAAGUAGAAGGAAUAAAAAGAAAAAAAUCCCACUAAUGAAUGGAGAAGAAGUUGACAUGGAUCUUUCUGCAAUGGAUGCCGAUUCCCCUUUGCUGUGGAUAAGGAUAGACCCAGAUAUGUCAGUAUUGAGGAAGGUAGAAUUUGAGCAAGCUGAUUUUAUGUGGCAGUAUCAGCUCCGCUAUGAGAGAGAUGUUGUUGCACAGCAGGAAUCCAUUUUGGCUUUGGAAAAAUUCCCUACUCCAGCAUCUCGGCUUGCUCUCACUGAUAUAUUAGAACAAGAGCAGUGUUUCUACAGAGUGAGAAUGUCAGCUUGCUUCUGUCUUGCAAAGAUUGCAAAUUCAAUGGUAAGCACAUGGACAGGACCACCAGCCAUGAAGUCACUCUUCACUAGGAUGUUUUGUUGUAAAAGUUGUCCAAACAUUGUGAAAACAAACAACUUUAUGAGCUUUCAAAGCUAUUUUCUACAGAAGACUAUGCCAGUUGCAAUGGCUUUAUUAAGAGAUGUUCAUAAUCUUUGUCCUAAAGAAGUCUUAACGUUUAUUUUAGACUUAAUCAAGUACAAUGACAACAGGAAAAAUAAGUUUUCAGAUAACUAUUAUCGUGCAGAAAUGAUUGAUGCCCUGGCCAACUCUGUUACACCUGCAGUCAGUGUGAAUAAUGAAGUUAGAACUUUGGAUAACUUAAAUCCUGAUGUGCGACUCAUUCUUGAAGAAAUCACCAGAUUUUUGAAUAUGGAAAAACUUCUUCCGAGUUACAGACAUACCAUCACUGUCAGUUGUUUGAGAGCCAUACGGGUACUUCAGAAAAACGGACAUGUGCCAAGUGAUCCAGCUCUUUUUAAAUCUUAUGCUGAAUAUGGCCACUUUGUGGACAUUAGGAUAGCAGCUUUGGAAGCAGUUGUUGAUUAUACUAAAGUGGACAGAAGUUAUGAAGAACUGCAAUGGCUACUUAAUAUGAUUCAGAAUGACCCUGUACCCUAUGUAAGGCAUAAGAUUCUCAACAUGUUGACUAAGAACCCACCAUUUACUAAGAACAUGGAGUCUCCCUUAUGCAAUGAAGCCCUGGUAGAUCAACUUUGGAAACUUAUGAAUUCUGGUACUUCACAUGACUGGAGGUUACGGUGUGGUGCUGUGGACUUGUACUUCACACUUUUUGGCCUCAGUAGACCUUCCUGUUUACCCUUGCCAGAGCUUGGGUUGGUUCUUAAUCUAAAGGAGAAAAAAGCUGUCUUGAAUCCUACCAUAAUUCCAGAGUCAGUACCAGGCAACCAAGAAGCUGCAAAUAAUCCAAGCAGUCACCCACAGCUGGUUGGAUUUCAGAACCCUGAAGAUGAUCACCUUGCCAAGGAAGCAUCAUGUAAUAUAUCAGCUCAUCAGCAGGGAGUGAAGAGGAAGUCUGAUACACCACUGGGGUCCCCCCUAGAACCUGGUCAAAUACUGGAGAAGAAUGAGGAUAGCAGUAAAGUCAAACUCAAAAUCAGAUUUUCCAGUUCUCAAGAUGAGGAGGAGGUUGAUAUGGAUACUGUUCAUGAUAGCCAGGCCUUCAUUUCACAUCAUUUAAACAUGCUUGAAAGGCCGUCAACUCCAGGGCUCUCGAAAUAUCGGCCAGCUAGCUCCCGAUCUGCUUUAAUACCCCAGCACUCAGCAGGCUGUGACAGCACACCCACCACAAAACCCCAGUGGAGUUUGGAACUUACACGGAAGGGAACAGGUCCAUUUUCCCCCCAGGAUCAACUCACAAUGAUGUUCAUCUGCUGCUGAGUGGCUUUUAGAACUUUUACAGACUCCAGAGUCAUCAAGGCUCACACCCUAAGUGCCUGCUGAGUGGCAGAUCCUGUGGAGAAUAUAGCCCCUGCCUGCAAGGAGGCUAGGUUCCAGGAGUAGAGUUAAGAUGUAUACGUAAGUGGCAAUCAUGGGAGUUUGAAUCUGUAGUCUAAUCUUUAAUUGUAAAGGAAUGAGAGACUUCAAAUCAAAUCAUGAGGAUGAAGAGGGAAGCCUUGCCAAGUUCUCUGCUCCAAUUAUAAAUAUGCUCUAGAAUUUCCAAUGAAGAUUUUUCAUUGCAUGCCUGUUGAAACUCUUGGAUCCUGCCUGUAAUCCUAUACCAGAGAACCUUCUUGUCCUUGAAAUCCAGUGCCCAGAAAGUGAAUCCAGGACUCAGAGAACAAUGCCAAGACUGACCCUGUGAAUCCCAGGUGCUAAUCUGUCCAUACCAAGUGAGAAAAAUUAGGAUGAGGGAGUGAGAUUUUGAUAAAGCUCAUUCCACUUAAAUAGUGCUGUUUACAUUGAAAAAUAUUUCAUCCUCUUUGCUUGGUGUUAAGAAGUCCUUUUCUGAAGUUAUGUCAGUGGUAGGUGGUUGGGUGGUUGGUCAUUAUGAUUGUUACUUUAAUGUUCCUACUUGGCAAGGUCAAAGUUGAUCAUCUUCAUUUUAUUUUAUUUUUUUUAAAUAUUUUUGAGAUGGAGUCUCCCUCUGUCACCCAGGCUGAAGUGCAAUGGCGCAAUCUCGGUUCACUGCAACCUCUGCCUCCCAGGUUUAAGCAAAUUCUCCUGCCUUAGCCUCCCAAGUAGCUGGGAUUACAGGCAUCUGCCACCAUGCCCAGCCACAAAGCUGAUCAUUUUCAAAUUGCCUAAGUCCAGCAACUAAUGCUAUCAGGCUUUGUAGACAUAGCUGAUGUCUUCAUGGAGCUUAUCUUCUGUUUUUUUUACCCUCUGGAAAGUAGUAAUACUCUGCUCAUUGUAUGGUUGAGCAUGGAAGACAGAAAAUAAUAAGAUUUUCUGGAGGUCAAAGGUAAAGCAACAACAGCUCAUGGAAGGGGUUGGUGGUAAAGUUAUGACCACAACCAUGUUACUAGAGUAAUAAUCUUGGACAAGAAAAAUACUUCCUUUUUUUAGCAGCCAGGGAUUAGUGGAGACCCCAAGAAGAUGAGUCAAAUCAGUAAUACUUUGCUCAUUGUAUGGUUGAGCAAACAGACUUGGAACCAUGUGUUCUACAUUUUCUAUUAACGUAAUACAGGCUUGUCCUGGCAUUGAUUAAAAAUCUGCUCUCCAGACACCUCUGUACACAGUAAUUAUAUCCAUGGAGUUAUUCUGUAUGAAGUCACUAACUCACAUGUUUCUCACACCUUGCAAAUGCAGAGCUAAGUCCUUUCACGCAGUGGUGGGCAUGAAAGGAGGCAUCAUUCUCUAAAUGUUGUGGUUUUCAUUAGUAAUGGUAAGUUUUUUUAAAUGAAAAGUAGAGAUGUCUAUUUUCCUGGCAAAAGCUUCUAACAUCUUUAGAAUAUCUUGCUUUGAAGGGACAGUUCACACAUCAGGUUUUGAUUCUCAUUUAGUUAUUUUCCAUUCUGAGAGGAGCCAGGCAUUGUCCUGAAAGGUCAAUAUUCCAUUUUCAUGAUUAAUUGAACGAUCGUGCUUCAAGGCUAUUUUUCUGUUAGAUACAGUUUUCUCUUAAAUACAGAUUUUUUUUUUUUUUUUUGCUGUAUCGUAAGUGGUUGCCUGGUGAUUCAGAAGACUUAGCCCCAGAGUUGGCCAUUUUUCCACUUCUUAUUGCCCUAAUUCAGCUCUAAUUCAGCUGCAGGGGCUCCAGCUGAGCCAUACUUUAGUAUAUCUGUGAAGGAAAAAAUGUGUGAAUCUUAAGUGUAAAAAAAGGAAUUCAGGAACAACAGCCUCUACCCAGAAGUCCUAAUGAAUUUUUAUAUUAUUAAUGCUUAGGUUUUAGAGUCCACAGGAACUGCCUUUGAAUCUUGUCUUUCUUGAAUAGAAACCAUGUGAUUCAGGGUAAGUUGUUUAACCUCUUCAUUUGCAGAAGAAAACAGCUAAUAUUUAUUGGCAGUGGAUGAGGACAUGGUCUGUGUUAAAAGCCUGGCAUGAAUGCUGUCAAUUCUCACAAUGCCAUAAGGUAACGUAGGAGACACUGUUUAGAUGCUUACCCAACAAUAGUCAUUCUUCCCUCCCUUGCUUACAGAACCCGUUUUGUGUGGGUAAAAUGUGGCUCCUACAUACUUCCAGCUUGGGUGGCUGUAUAUGAUAGUACUGGCUAUGGAGACAUAAGCAGAAAUCUGCUGGGGUUUUGCCUUGGCUUUCCCAAUCAAAAGAGGGCUCCUGGAGCCUGGUAAGCAAUUCUGCUCCUCUUGCUGCCCUAAACACUGACAUGAUGCCCGAGAUGCAUCUGCCAUCUUGUGCUGCCAAAGAAAGGGCAGAAAGAAUCAUAGAAUACCAUCCCUGACAUUGUUGAAAUGCUAAACCAACAUUUACAGUCAGUAUUCUCCAGAAUUUUGAUUAUGUAAGAAAAAUAAACUCUUAUUUGUUUACGCCACUAUUGUUACAGGAAAGGGGUCCUAAUCCAGACCCCCAGAGAGGGUUCUUGGAUCUCAUGCAAGAAAGAAUUCAGGGCGUGUCCAUAAAGCGAAAGCAAGUUUAUUAAGAAAGUAAAGGAAUAAAAGAAUGGCUACUCCAUAGAGAGAGCAGCCCUGAGGGCUGCUGGUUGCUCAGUUUUAUGGUUAUUUCUUGAUUAUAUGCUAAACAAGGAGUGGACUAUUCAUGCCUCCCCUUUUUAGACAAUAUAGGGUAACUUCCUGAUGUUGCUGUGGCAUUUUUAAACUGUCAUGGCACUGGUGGGAGUGUAGCAGUGGGGUCAACCAGAGGUCACUCUCUGGUCCUUGGUUCUGGUGGGUUUUGGCCGGCUUCUUUACUGUGACCUGUUUUAUCACCAAGAUCUUUAUGACGUGUAUCUUGUGCUGACCUCCUAUCUCAUCCUGUGGCUUAGAGUGCCUUAACCAUCUGGGAAUGCAGCCCAGUAGGACUCAGCCUCAUUUUACCCAGCUCCUAUUCAAGAUGGUUCACACACCUUUGACACUUCGGCUAGGUGUUCGUUUACUUGUAGCUGAACACAUUCCUAGCUGCUACCAGAAUUACCCAUCUCCAGAUGAAGAAACUGAGGCCCAGAGAUUUUAAAUAAUUUGUCUGAUUGACACAGCAGGUCAGUGGUGGAAUUGGAUGUCAGCCCCACAAGGCUGACUUCAGAUCCUGCAUUAUUAACCACUUACCUUGUGUUUGGUAGGAUGAAAUGAAAUUACUUCUGUAAAGCACUUUGGCAUUAGCAUGGUGUCUGGCAUGUGGUACAUGCUUAUUAAAAUGUUAAGACCUUUCCCACAGUCACAGCUUUGUGUUAGUGCUUAACAAUGUGUUUCCCAUGGGAAACAAUGAGACUCAAACCAGAGCUGUCCAUGCUUAAAUAAUCAAGCUUAAUGGCUAUAGUAGGUGCUCAGUAUGUUUGCUGAGUGAGUAAAUGAGUAAUUCUCUUAAAUAAAGAAAAUUUUCUAAGCAUCACCCUUAGGAGGUUACUGUAUGCAUUUUUUAUGAGGAUGCUAAAAUUUUGUUGUGUAUUAGCGUAGAUCAGAAGUUCAGUGUAUGAACCCUAAAUAUCUGAGAUAGGUCUCAAUUAAUUUAGAAAGUUUAUGUUGCCAAGGUUGAGGACAUGCACCCAUGAUAUAGCCUCAGGAGGUCCUUAUGACAUGUGCCCAAGGAGAUCAGAGCACAAUUUGGUUUUAUACAUUUUAGGGAGACAUGAGACAUCAAUCAACAUAUUAAGAUGGAAAUUGAUUCAGUCUGGAAAGGCGGGACACCUCGAAGCAAAGGCAGGAGAACGAAGCUAAGUGGGAAAGGGGCUUCCAGGUCAUAGGUAGAGAAGAGACAAAUGGUUGCAUUCUUUUGAGUUUCUGAUUAGCCUCUCCAAGGGAGGCAAUCAGAUAUGCCUUUAUCUCAGUGAGCAGAGAGGUGACUUUGAAUAGAACAGGAGGCAGGUUUUGCCCUAAGCAGUUCCCAGCUUGAUCUUAGCUUAGUGAUUUGGGGCGCCAAGAUUUAUUUUCCUUUCACAGGUGAAAGCUCUUAAACGAGAGUAACUAGGGUUCAAAUCCAGCCUCCACCACUGACUAAAGAACUGAGUGACACUGGACUAAUAGCUUACCUCUCAGUGCCCAUUUCUUUAUCUGUGAGAUUGAGAAAAUCAUCUGAAUUGCCUCAUAGUAGUAUUGUUAGAAUUAAUUUAAAUAAUACAUUCAAAAAUAUUAAAAGGGACUGGCAAAGCACUUGAUAAAUUUGAGCUGUUAUAACAAUAAUUAUUGUUUUCUCUUUUUUUUUUUUUUGAGAUGGAGUCUUGCUCUGUGGCCCAGGCUGGAGUGCAGUGG